UUUCAGUAUGACGCAUGUAAAUUCAUUUAUUCUAAGUACUGUGGAAAAUGGAAUUCUAAAAGUGGUGCUUAAUAAACCAACCAGAAAAAACGCACUUUCACCUCAGAUGUAUAAAGAAUUAAAAAUGCUUUUAAAUGAAUCUGCUGAAAACAAUAAAGUAUUGAUAUUUGUACUGACAGCAAAUGGAGAUUUUUUCAGCAGUGGCAAUGACAUAGGUGCCUCAAUGGAAUCUCCAUUGGUUUCUAUUGAUAUAGUUAAGGAAUUAAUUGAUAGUAUAAUUACAUACCCAAAACUUUUAAUAGCUGUUGUGAACGGACCAGCAAUAGGAAUAGCAACUACAAUAUUAGGAAUUUUUGAUAUAGUUUAUGCUUCAGAUAAGGCGUAUUUUCAAACACCGUUCAGCUCUUUGGGUCUUGUUGCUGAAGGAUGUUCUUCAUAUACAUUCCCAAGAUUACUAGGAUACUCCAAAGCUGGAGAUAUGUUGUAUUUAGGAUACAAAAUGAAUGCUCGAGAAGCCAAACAACAUGGCUUGGUUAGCAAAGUGUAUAAUCAUGACUCUCUUGAGGAAGUAUGGAAUUAUUUGAACAAGAUAUCGACACUUUCUUCACAGUCAAUAUUGGCGACUAAGCGAUUAGUGAGUAGAUGGAACAAAGAAAUUUUAUUAAAAGUUAACGAAGAAGAAAUAAAAGAGUUGAAAAAACUAUUCGAUUCUCCUGAGUUAAUGCAAAGGUUAUUGAAUUUUUUAUCACGAAAAAAUAAGCUUUAAAAUAACUAAAAUAUUUUAUAUUUUUUUAAUA